UAAUUUAACAACGUGGAUUUAGCUUCAUGCUAACAGGUGGUAAAAUGUCGGUGCAUUUCAGAGUUUUGACAAGCCGUGCCACGGCUUUCUUUCCCUGGGGUUUUCCUGCAGUGCUGGAGGGGAGUUGGUCGGCGAGGAAGCCGGUGUUGGGACGCCGGAUGUCGCUCACACAUCCAGUUUCUGCAGGAGGAGCUGUUCCACCACUGGAGGGCGUCAGAGUCCUGGACUUGACGAGGGUUCUGGCGGGCCCGUUCUGCACCAUGAUCCUGGGAGACCUGGGAGCCGAGGUGAUCAAGGUGGAGAGACCAGGGACCGGUGAUGACACCAGAGCCUGGGGGCCUCCGUUUGCCGCUUCAGAGAGCAUCUACUACCUGAGCGUCAACCGCAACAAGAAGAGCGUAGCUGUGGACCUGAAACAUCCCGGAGGAGCCACCAUCAUCCAGCAGCUGGCAGGAGUGUGCGACGUGCUGGUGGAGAACUACCUACCAGGGAAGCUGCACCAGCUGGGGUUAGGAUACGAGCAACUGAGCACAAUCAACCCCCGCCUCAUUUUCUGCUCCAUCUCAGGCUACGGACAGACCGGUCCUCACGCCCAGAGUCCAGGCUACGACUCCAUCGCCUCGGCCGUGUCAGGGAUGAUGCACAUCACUGGACCGGAGGACGGAGAGCCGGUCCGGCCGGGCGUUGCCAUGACGGACCUGGCGACAGGGCUGUACGCGCACGGAUCCAUCCUGGCCGCCCUGCUCCAGCGACACCGGACCGGGAGAGGGGUUCACAUCGACUGCAACCUGCUGUCUUCACAGGUCUCCUGCCUCAGCCACGUAGCUGCUAACUACCUGAACGCGGGGAAGGAGGCGCGGCGCUGGGGAACAGCCCACGAGAGCAUCGUACCUUACCAGGGCUUCAGGACCAGAGACGGACACAUCGUUGUGGCUGCGGGGAACGACAAGCAGUUUGUUCAAGUGUGUCGGGUCCUGGAGCUCACAGAGCUCACAGAGGAGCCCAAAUACAGAACCAACAAGCUGAGAGUCCAGAAUCGCAAAGAGCUGCUGCACACCCUGUCAGAGAGGUUCUUGGAGGAGAAGACAGCUGAUUGGCUGAGGAGAUUCAAGGGCUCAGGGGUUCCAGUUGGACCAAUCAACAGCAUCCAGGAAGUCUUCUCUGAACCACAGGUGAAGCACAACGGUCUGAUUCAAGAGAUGGACCAUCCAACAGCAGGACGCAUCGCUGUACCCGGACCAGCUGUUCGUUUCAGCAGCUUCUCUCCAUCUGGACCGAUACCUCCUCCACUGAUUGGACAACAUACAGUGCAAGUGCUGCGAGACACCUUGUCCUAUAGUGAUGACCUCAUCAACACCCUGCUGGAGUCGGGGGCAGUGGCUCAGAGCGAGUUGUCCUGACUGACCGGAAAAUCAAGUAUUGAUCAAGAAGCACAGAGAGGUCACCAUGAAGCUUGAAUUAUUAAUGCACUCCAUGUUUAAGCUAAAACAAACCACAAAAGCUCUUCUUAAGAACGAUUACACACAGGAUGAUGAUACUGACCACAGUUCAUCAGAAACAGCUCCACAGUUGAUUGGUGAUGAGUCCAGUCUUUGAAAAUAUGACAACAAACAUCCUCUCUUAGGAGAUGAUGGUAGAAAAACAACAAUGAGCAAAUAAGAAACUCACCAGACUAAAGGAGCAUUGAUUCCUGACUCCCAACAUCUGACUUGGAUUAUUUCUAAACACUCCCUCUUGAAUAAAACUUGAAAAAUGUCUUUUGCAGUAGAUUUUCACUGUUCUACUCAGCUGUUGAAUAAAUUACUUAUUU